CGGCGCACGACCCGCAGAGCGACUCGUUUGAGAUGGACGCCGAGCUGGAGAUCAUUAACGGUGGCUUCCCGGCGCUGAAGGCACACUGGUCGCUCGAGGAGCGCGAGCGGCUCUUCCACACGAUCUCGCGCGUCUUCCUGCUCAACUUCCCGCUCUAUGUCGCAUUCAAGCACGGCCACUCCGGCGUCGAGGAGCCAGAAGUUCCCGUCUUUCUCGUGAAGAAUGUCGUGUUCUUCUGCGAGGAGGGUGGUCUGCGUGCCAUGAGCCGCUGCUACAAGUUUGCCGACCCGGCUUUCUUUCCAUUCCACCUCGCCUACUCGCUUAUUACGAUCGUCGCCAACUUGCGCCUAUGGAUGAACAUUCCAGCUGUCCUUCAAGGUAUUAUGCCAUUAAGGACCAAUGUAAUAAGGUACAUGUGCAAGCUAUCGGACAAUGAUCUGCGGCUGGCGGGUACCAGAAACAUGGCUGACCUCAUGUGGACUGCAGUGAAGGAGUUGGGCGAUGGACCUGUGAGCUUUGACAAGGAGGGACUCACCUUGGCUUACAAGUUCUUCACUUCAUCCACUCUGACGCUUAGGCUCGCUGGUAUUGCGCAGAUGAACAAUUACAUCAAUGAGAUCUGCCAGAGUGACACUGUAGAGAAUGAGCAGUAUGCCGGCAAGCAACAUCUACACAUAGCAAGAGCUGCAGAUGCUCUUGCACAGUGGCUGCUACAGAACAAGAUUAUUGAACAUCUUUUUGGACCAAAUCUACACGUCGAGUUGAUCAAGCAGAGCCACGCCGUGUUGAACUUCCUUGCUGUUGAAGGUCGCAUCACGCCGGAGCACAUCUACUGUGUUUGGGCCGCCGCGCAGUUGAAGCACUGCGGACGUCAGGUGCACGACGUGCUGCCGUCGCUGAUUAAGAACUUGGAGCCGGCUUGUGUGCAGCAUCUCUACACACUGCUGCAGGAGCUAGAUCUGUCCGCCCACACCGAGCAGACACUUUACUUAGCAUCGGCCAUCAUCAAAUUUAUGUGGGCAACAGGAUCCAGUGUGCAUACACCCAGCAAGCUGGCAGGUGAGAGCAGGUUGGACGAUGAGUGCUCGAGCAGCAGCAGCAGCAGCAGCAGUAGCAGUGACAACAGCAUCAGCGCACAUGCCGGUCACAGUGAUGAGGAGACUACACACAUACUCAUGCAGCACAGGGAGGAAGAGCUCAGCGAGGACGAGGAGGAAGAGGAGGAGGAGGAAGAAGAGGAGGAGGAGGAGUCGAUGAGCGAGGAGUACGAGGAGGCUUCUCCCCUGGCGCCGCCGUGCAGGAGGCGCACCUCCUCCUCGGUGCGCUCCGGCUCAGCCUCGUCCGUCGACGCGGAGAGCGGCAGCGGCGGCGAGAGUCCGGCGCGGGGCCGCCGCGCCGCACACAAGCGCAGGCGUCGCGGCAAGGACGACAGCGACGACAGCGACUCCGGUCGCAGCGACGCGAGCGCAGAGGGUGCGUCGACGAGAAAGACGCGGAAGCGGGCGCACAAGCGAGCGCGCGACCAGCGAGGCAACAAGGAUGCGGCCGACGACGACAUCGUGCAGUCGGACGCACUCGCUCCGCCGCCGUCGCCGGCGCACGUUCCUGCAAAAGAGGGCGCUACCAUCGGCAUCAGCACGCCCGUCAUCACGGUGAACACGUCGCCGAAGCGAGCGUUGGCGGCCCCUGGCGGCAAGGAGGGGAGCGACGCAGCGGCGACGGAGAUGCCCCCACCACCAGGGGGUGUCGUUGCCGCGCGGCUUGAGGAGGCAGGUCCUCCCACGGCUGCAGACGCUGCGGAGAAGCCGGCGGGCGUGGAGAGAUCUCGCGGGGAGGGCUCGCAGGAGAGCAAGGAUGAGGGAGGAUGCGCGGUGACGCGACGCGAGGAGGAGGAGGUGGAGGAGGAGGUGUACGACUGCAGGGCGCGGCUAAACAUCCUCGCUGAGAUGGAGGCUGCGGAGAGGCUACAGCAUCAGAGCGGUGGCGGGAUGCGAGACAUUCUCAGCGCGGACGACGGCAGCUGUGCAAGCUCCCGCGCCAGCAUCAAGUCUGACAAGAACAUGGCCGACUUUGAUGGAGAGGAGGCGGCGUCGGGCGUUGACGAUGAGAUGGCGGCGGCGGCGGCGGCGGCGGCGGCGGAGCUGACAGACCUGCGGGGCGACGCGGCCGCCGCCGCCGCGUAUGACGCGUGCCACAUGCAGCAUCUCGCCAGCGUGGUGUCGCUCUACCAGCGGCCGCACCGGCAGCCGACGCGUAAGCACCCGUCUGUUGUGAUAUCACUGAGGAUUCUACCGAAGCUGUUUGCUUCCUUCCAGCCGUAUCGAACAGGAAUUGACACUCAUUCCGUAGUAAUGUGGGCCGAAAGAGAGCACAAGAUGAUGCAGCAUUUUUUCAACAAUCUAGUCACGUGCAUAGAGAAUGUGCGAUCAGGCACUGCCGACUUUACACUGUAUCCACACGUCGUACAGGUGCAGGUGCGGCUGCAGUUUCUCACACACAUUUUCUCCACGCUCGGCUCGCCAGACAGCUUCAAGCUCAACCAGGAUCAGGUGGACACGCUGUGGGCGUGCCUUGCGGAGGACCCGGAGUGUUCCGAUGAGCUGCUCAGCUGGCUGCUCAACCAGGGCCGCAACAAGGAGCAGCACGCGAUCGGGCUCGAGCUGUUCAAGCACAUAUUCAUCAAUAAGAUGCCUCUCCUACAGCCUGAGCAAACGACCAUGAUCGGCUUGAACCUGUUCCAACAACUGUGCAGUCUCGCUCAGUUGACCGACUCGACAACAGAGGGCAGCACGUGCGAGACGGACACGAGUGGCAUGAGCCAGCUGUGGGGGAUCGCGCUGCGGGCACACAAUACCGAUGUUAGCAUGACCGCGAUACAGUACCUCAACUCCUACUACAUCAAUGUUGGGCAAGGCUCACUGGAAAAGGAAGAGGAAUUCAUAAAUCGCUGUCUAGCUAGCUUGACGAAAGCAUCCACAAAUCUCGACAAGUGUCCUGAACCUAGUUUGCUUAUCAUUCAAAGAGGCCUGGUACUAUUGAAGACUCACUUGGAGGUGUUCAGGAAAAAGUAUGCCUACCAGCUGCGUGAAUGGAGCAUGGAUGGCUGCGGUAUCAGCAGCCAUCAGAAGGGCAUACUGCAGACGAAUGCUGUUCCGAUUAGGUUACUGCUACAGCCCGGGGGUUCAACAGAGAAGACGCCGCUGGAUCUGAUGAGCUGUGAUCUCAUAUCUGAUCUACGUGCGGAGGUCACGAGGUGGUGGAGCCAGUUUCAGAAGAAGCAGCAGCAACAGCAGCAGCAGCAGCAGCAGUGUAAAGGCCCGUACUCGCCGACAGGUGCCGCCACGUCACGCGGCAGCAUCGCGGCCGGCACCAGCGCUGUGGCGGCGGCGACGGCGACAACGACGACGAUGCUGCUGACGCCAAUCCUCGGUGCUAUGUUAGCCGACGGACCCGUGCGCAUGAUCACGCAGGGUCAGGAGUUGACCCCUGACCUCGACGAGAAGAGCCUCCACGAGAUGCAGUUCAAGGACAACCAGCUGAUCUUCGUGUCGGUCGGGGCGACGCGGCCGCAGCGUAAGCGCGAGGGCCUGAGUCCCGGCUCACAGCUGAGUCUGCCGUCUCGUGACCGUCUCCCGAUGCUGCUGCUGCUGCAGGAGGACCACUUCGACCAGCUAGUCAGUCUCAUGAAGCUGCUCAGCAACCAGGGCGAUGGAAACCGCGGUCAAGUGCUCUCACGAAAAGUCUGGGAGCUGCUGAUGAUCCUGCCCACGUCGCCGCACAUGCUGCGGGGCUUCCAGGAGUUGCAGCAGGGGCAGGCGACCAUCGUGGACUGGAACAGGCUAUUGAACCCCGACUCGCCACACCGACUGAUCUACUCACUGCAGAUUGUCGAGGGCCUGGGACAGCCUGAUUUUGCGAAGAAGAAGGAUCAGCAUCAUCAUACUGGUGAUGGUGACUCCAGCAUUUUGCCAGCAGAGAGCACCGGCAGCAAGUGGCACAAAGUGUUUUUAGAAGGCGGAGGUCUGAAGCACAUAUUCGCUGUCUUCAUGUCCGGCGUGCUGCAAGCUCGCGACGAAGUCUGGAACGAGUGGGAGGAGGACUGCCUUGCGUACAUGCUGAAGACGAUCUGUGAGUUUGGCGUCGUGCCAGAGGACAUUGAGGCAUGCGGCGGCGAGUUGUUUGAGCAGUACGAGACGCCGCACUCACAGGAUACGCCGCGCAAGUGCCUGCGCCGCGGACGCAAGGGCAGCCAGGACAAGCUCGAUCAUACCCCGGCUGUGCUGGACAUGAUUCAGGUGGAGCCAGUGCUGAAGGUGCUCCUGUCUGUACUGAAUGAUGCGGCAGUGCCGAGCGACCCCAACCAGUACCAGCUCGGCAUCUGGGGCAAGGCACAAGUCGUUCACUACGCGAUGACACUGCUCGUGUCGUGGGCGCACUCCAGCGAGGACCUGAUGCCAAAACUCUGUGAAACCUUCGCCGGAUCUAGUCAUUGGUUGAAGAAGCUUGUCCUAGAUGCACCAGAUCCCACGGUGCGAAGGGAGGCCUGCGCAGGACUGUAUCGGUUGUGCCUAGGUGCGACAGUAGAUGGCGUUAGUGGUCAGUCGUUUGUGGUGCCCCUUCUGUCUAGCCUACUCACCUAUCUACCUGUCGCUAUCACGAUCAAGCCUCCACAGAGUGGAUUUGAGCAGGAGCUAGACUGUAAGGACCAGGAGCCAUAUGGACCGGGAUGCAAGGACUACUUCUGGCUCGUCUGUCGUCUGGUAGAAAACCUGGAUAGGUUACUGGUCAUGCGACUGAAAGAUGCCACGUCUGACGAGAGCGCGGUGCUAGAGCUGGACAGCAUGGUGCAGCAGCUGGCAGCGUGCGUGGAAGCGCGUGAGCAGCUGGAGCGGCGCAGCGGUGAGGACGACGGCCUCAUCGGACUCUUGCAGCUCUGCACGGCCGCAAUGAAGCACAACCCGCCCUACAAGUUCUCGCCCGAGAUCAAGGAAUUCAUCGCAGUGGUCUUCGAGUGUCUCUUUGCGCUACCUACGCUGAAACAGCGCCAUCUACCAAAGUGCAAAACCCAGACGUCACGUUCGUGUGCGUUCGAUCUUCUCGUGGAGUUAGUUAAAGGUUCAGUGUCCAACUAUGAGUUCUUGCACAGUAAGGUGCUUGUGCAGCACACCCAAGCCGCGCAUGCGCCGUACCCGUGGGACAUGUGGCCGCGCGACGGCGAGCGAUCGCAGUGUGGCUACGUCGGCCUGCAGAACCUGGGCGCCACCUGCUACAUGGCGUCGUCGAUACAGCAGCUGUUCAUGAUGCCGGAGGCGAGGGCUUCCGUGUUAGCAGCGAGGGUUUCUAAGGAAGGAAAACAUGAGGAAACACUGCGAGAGUUGCAGAGAAUGUUCGCUUAUUUACUGGACAGUGAACGAAAGGUGUACAACCCGAAGAACUUCUGUAAGGUGUACACGAUGGACAAUCAGCCACUGAACACAGGAGAGCAGAAGGACAUGACUGAGUUCUUCACUGAUCUAGUGAGCAAGUUGGAGGAGAUGUCGCCUCAGCUGAAGGAACUAGUGAAGAAUUUAUUCAGUGGAGUGAUAACGAAUAACGUGAUAUCAUUGGACUGCCCUCAUGUUAGCAAAACAGAAGAGGAGUUCUACUGUGUUAGAUGUCAAGUGUCAGACAUGAAGAACCUUUAUGAAUCACUGGAUGAGGUCACAGUGAAGGAUACUUUAGAGGGCGACAAUAUGUACACUUGUUCGCAGUGCAGUAAGAAGGUCCGAGCGGAAAAACGGGCCUGCUUCAAGAAGCUGCCACGCAUCCUCUGCUUCAACACAAUGCGCUACCUCUUCAACAUGAUCACGAUGAUGAAGGAGAAGGUGAACACACACUUCAGCUUCCCACUGCAUCUCGACAUGACCGGAUACACCGAGGACCAGCUCAUGGGCACGGCCAGCGAGAAGGGUGGUGAGGUGGAGAGCUACGAGUAUGACCUCAUUGGAAUGACAGUGCACACUCGCGCCACGGUGAGGGUCGCGUCACUACUCAGCUUCAUCCGGGACCGGAUAUGUGCCAACCAGGACAAGUGGUACCUAUUCAAUGAUGCUGAGGUGAAGCCCUUCGAUCCUGCUCAGAUUGCUUCUGAGUGCUUUGGCGGCGAAAUGACUAGCAAGACGUAUGAUUCCGUGAAUGACAAGUUCAUGGACUUUUCGUUUGAAAAGACCAACAGUGCCUACAUGUUGUUCUAUGAGCGAUGCGACAACAAGAGGCCAUCAGAUAGCCUCCUAUCAGAGAAGCCAGUCACUCUGCCAACCUUUGACCUCUCCGAAGAGCUUUCACAAUGGAUCUGGAAGGACAACACACAGUUCUUGCAGGAUAAAAACAUCUUCGAUCACACAUACUUUGGGUUUAUGUGGCAGCUAUGUGGGUAUAUACCGAUGACUCUUCCUGACCCCAGUGAGGUCUCACUGAUGUCCUGUCAGCUCAGCACAUCGUUUGUACUAGAGACUCUGCUCCAUUCAAAGGAAAAGCCGACCAUGCUGCAGUGGAUCGAGCUUCUCACAAAACAGUUUAAUGCUAGUCAUGAAUCAUGCGAGUGGUUCCUGGGACAUAUGGCAGACGACCAGUGGUGGCCAGUGCAGAUACUUAUAAAGUGUCCCAAUCAAGUAGUCAGACAGAUGUUUCACAGGUUGUGCAUUCAUGUGAUCAACCAGUUGCGGCCGAGUCACCAUGCUCUCUAUCUCAAAAGUGGCAGAGGACUAGACGAUGGUAAAGAGGGAGAUAUGGGCAACUUGUCCUGCGUAACACGUUUUGUAAAAAUGCUUCUGUCUUUGAUCUCGCACGGAGCGCACCACUGCAAGCCGCACAGCAAGCAUCUCGCCGAGUUCUUCGUCUUCUUCCUCGACAUCGCGAAGAUGGGUGGCGAGGAGUGCGAGUUUCUCAACCGCAUGCGCGCCAUCUCGACGAUGAUCGAGUUCUACCUCGGCACCAAGGACCACGAAUACGUGAAGGUGGUGUCGGACGACGACGAGGAGGAGGACGACGACAUCAUCGCCCUGACGGAGGAGAAGUACCGACCGACGUCGCUCGAGAAGAUGACUCUCUCAUCGCGGCUGCUCGUCGAGAAGUCGCGGCAGGAGCGCGGCCUCGCCCUGUCCGAGCAGGCGAUCUACUUCCAGCUCACCGGCCGAAGGUGAGGUCUGCCCUUCCUCUACCACCAGAUCAGAGACAUCAUCAACUUAAAGGCCUCUUGUAAUCUCAUAUUCAGCCUGUGUCGAUGGAACGACAGCCUGGCAAUGCAUGUUGUUUCGAUGCUGUUCAGCUCGAUCAUAAAGCUGAAUCACGACGACAGUCAGCCGUUCUUCAAGCUGCUGUCGAUGUUGGUGGAGUUUGCUGGAGGCCCCCCCGGCCACCCGCACUUCACUAAUCUAGUCAUGAAGAAGAUCGGCGAGGUGGUGGAGUACUGUCCGCAGCAGUGCCUCGACUGGCUCGCCGUUCAGGUCCCACGUAACAAGAUCGCGCACAGCUGGGUGCUGCAGAACAUGGACACGUGGGUCGAGCGAUUCCUCAUCGCCAACCCGAACCAGCGCGUGCACAUGGCCGCCGCCUACCUGCUGGUCUGCCUCGUCCCCUGCAACCAGUUCAGACAGAACUUCAGAGCCGUGAGAACUCUGGUCAGCCCCCAGAAGGGCAUGAGCAUGAGUCAGGAGUCGACCAUGGUUCUUCAUCAGAUCUACAUGUACUUGCUGAGCUUACUGAGUAAGGCUAGGAUAUAUGCAGAUGCUACCCAGCAUGGUACAAUGAAGCUGAUGUCAUAUUUUGCUGUGAUGACCUAUUGCCUUGUAUCAAGAGCUGAAAAACUAAUGUUUGGCCAUUAUGUGAUGGAGCUUUGGCAGAUAUUCCAGCCUAAGCUGUCUGAGCCGCCGAUUGCUGUUAACCACAACAAGCAGGCCUUGUUAAUAUUCUGGUACCAAGCCUGCCUCGAUCGUCCAGAGAAUGUGCGGCUAAUAACCGAGGACCCUCGCAUUGCCAAGAACAUUGCCUUCAACUACAUACUGGCCGACCACGAGGACCAGGACGUAGUGCUGUUCAACCGCGUCAUGCUGCCGGCCUACUACGGCCUGCUGCGGCUCUUCUGCGAGCAGUCGCGCUCGUUCACGCACUACCUCGCCACGCACCAGAACAUGCAGUGGGCGUUCAAGAACAUCAGCCCCUACGCGACGCGAUACGCAAACGCCGUCGAGGAGCUAAUGAGGCUGAUGCAGAUCUUCGUCACUUGCUACCCGGACAGCAGCGAACAGGAGCUGAAGGAGAUCCACAAGUUCAAGCAGGACACGAUACAGCUGUACACAGCGUCGCUGGACGGCCGCUCAUGCUGGGCGACGCUCAUCAGUGUCUACCGCAUCCUGUUAAAGACUAGUGAAGAUCGCAUGGUAGCAAUGUAUCAUGGCGCUCUCGGACUGUUCAGUGAUGCGUUCACGACGCUGCACACGAUGUACCACGAGGCGACGGCGUGCCACGUCAUCGGUGAUAUCGUCGACCUGCUCAACAUCACGCUAGAGGUGCUGCGAUGCGCAAAGUUCCUACUCGACAAGAAAGUGGCCGAGGUGAAGCAAGCUGUUUACUCCUGGAAGGAUCGCAUGGAGUUUGGACGCAAGCUCCUCUACCUGCUCAACUCCUAUACGCCGCGAGAAAUCCGCCAGGUCUCGCUCGACGUUCUCCGUGAGAUGCUGCUGCUCUAUCCCAACGAGAGCAUCCAGACGCUGGCUCCCAUCAUCCUUCAUGCUCACCAGCAGUUCCAGGACAACAACUGGCCGGUGCAAACGGGGCCGUACUUCCCCAGCAGGACGCCAAAACCUAUUCCGCCCAAGGCCAACAUCCGUCCGCAGCGACCCAUGCUGCAGAUGUUCCUGCACGUCAACCAGGUGGAGUCGAGUAAGGGGAUAGACGAGCCGUACGAUCAGGCGUUGGCUGACUUCUUCUGUCCCUACCACAAGUACAUCGACCUGCUGUGUCGCAUGGCCGUCAACCAGGGCAUCAUCAACGAAAACAUCAUCAACCUGAGUUGUAUGGUGGCCGUGGAAGGCGUGCCUCUCCAUUCCGUGCUCUUUGCUAAACUCUGGUCGGACGUUUAUCAUUCAGAGCAAAUCGACAAGAAAUGCAUCGAGAUGCUCUGUGGCUCCACCUACCUCAUCGACUACAUCGACGCCGUGCUGACAGAUGAACGUCCAUCGCUCAUCAACCCUGUCAUUUACCAGUUCUUCUGCACCUUCUUCCCAAAGGUGUCACGGCAGGUGCUGACUGAGCAGAACAACAAGAACCUGGUGGAGUGCAUCACGAGCUCGCUGAUGACGCUGCAGGAGAGAAUCGCACGCGCCGACAUGGUCACCGAGCUGAGCAAGCUGGCGAACACACUGUGUGGGGACAUUCGAGCCCUGAUGCUCAUAUUCUCGGUGGCGCCACCUUGCGAUGGUGAUUUGAGCGAGGAGUUUAUGGAGACAGUUCAUCUCCUACUUGAGCAGUUCAGGAACCAGCAAGCGAAGGCAAGGGAACUCACUCGUGGUCAAUCCCCAACAUACAGCAGUGAAGAAGGCGAGUCAGCAGCAGGGAGGAGGCAGGGUCGCCCCGGCGACGGGCCGCCGGGCGAGGCGGGUCGCACGAGCCGCGCGGCGUCCCCGGCGGUGGCGGCGGCGGGGGGAGGCGACUCCGCGGACACCGGCGCGCAGCCGGGAAGCUCGGCCGCGCCGGGGAAGCCCUCGACGGAGGAUCCCGGGACGAGAGUCGAGGACGCCGCGAGCGAGACGUCGGCUUCCGCCGGCGACAAGGAGGAGGCGCGGGUCGAUGACGAGACGAAGGACUCCGGAACGGAGAGAAAGCCCUCCGGAUCGGAGCCGCCGCCGGAACGCGAGACGUCCGACUCGGACACGAGGGUCGCCGCCGAGACGGAUGCGCCCCCUGGCGGCCGCGCAGGCAAGCUCCACAAGGUGGCGCCAUCGACGAAGCCGGCGAAGUGGCUCGACAGCGCGGUGAAGAACAUUGAGACGCUGCUGUCCUUCAUCGAGAACUGAUGUCUCGCGAGGCGGGGGGGGGGGGAGUCGUAAUCAUGCCAAGUCACUGUGAUCUCGCUUUUCUUAGACUCGCGUCGCGAGGUUUUAUCACGACGCGGCUGCCGACACGACGCCUCCACACAGCCGUGUGUCACCAGCCGUUAUCCCAUGCUACCGGGAAUUAUCCCCUAUGCUCGCACUCGUCUUUAUUCCUGAACCAUCCUAUGGGAAGUUAUCCCCCGAGCUUCAUCCUGGAUGCUACCCAUGUAAUCCUCUUGCUAGACGUUAUCCCUUGAUACUUCUACAGUGGAUUAUUCCUUAGCCUUCCCACUGGACAUUAGUACAGUUGCUGCUUCACUAUGUGACAAAUGCUGGGCUCGUGUUACGUACGCGUGUACAUAUUGAUUGGUCUGUACUAUAUCCUAUAUACAUGUACUAUAUAACGGUAUUGCCCUGAUCUGAAAUAAUACUUCGAUUUAUAUAGCAUAUUGGAUAGCACCUCUCAUCUAGCGCAGGUAGCCGGAUAGCAUUUCUUACCUGGCACUGGUGGCAGGCUGGCAUCUCAUACCUAGAAGAGGUAGCAGGAACGCAUCCCCUACCUGGUGAUGGUAGCAGGAACGCAUCCGUUAUCUGGCGAGGGUGGCAGGUGACCACUGCAUACCUGGCGCAGGUGGCAGGGUGGCAGCAAGUUGUAGGCAUCGUGUGGGCUAUACUCACACGAGGUAAGCGUCGUAUGCGUACUUUGCAGUAACGAUGUAGCCGGCGGCGAGCUGUACAGAUAGUUUUACGAACGAUGUCUACUUAUCAAUUUACUUGAUAAUUUUAUACAGCGGCAAGGGUGACGUAUUUCGGGACCACGUGCGUGCACUUGCUACGGCUUUGCAGCGGAUAUGCAGCAGAUCGCUGGUCAGCGAAUAUAUAUGUACACGCUCGCUGAUCUCUCUAACAGCUAUAUUUAGCAGCCGCGUGUGUGAAGCGCGGUUUAGUUUGUAUAUUCAUUGGUCGUUGAGUUGCUCGUGUAGAUGCUGUUAGAAAAAGAGAAAUGAUGUAAUUAUUUGAUAUUGUGUCACCGUGCUAUAACGCAGGCUAAUAAACAUUUGCAAAAAAUGUCACGAAA